UUGACAAGUCAAGUUCACCGUGAAGUCAUACAUACUCAAAACCACCCAUGUGUAACGACUAAAAUUGAAAGUUUGUGAGAGAUAGCAAAGUGAUUUAAAUUUACUGUGUGGACUUCUAGAUCGGGGCUUAUAUAUUACAGUAACACCUGACAGGGAUGCCGAAAUCUUUUCUAGUCCGAAAUCGAGACUCUGAAGAUAGCUUAUGUCCCACUAAUGCACCUGUUGAUUUGACUCAACAAAAAAUCACAACGGGAUUGUCAACCGCCCAGGACAGGGGCAUUCGUGAUAAAAUGAUCGAAUUGGACAACAGUGUAAUGGCCAAACAGAUGGGCAUUGCCAAAGAAGAAAACACGACGGAAGAAAAAACCGAAGAUAAGGGAAUUUUAGAUGAAAAUUGUAACCGAUUAGAGAAACCGGCCGUGCACGUGCCACGAGAGCAGGUGAUCGCAGCGGCACAGGUAUACGAUCUGAGCACAAAACCACCUGCUGAAGCGGUGGCCUUAGUUGACACUCCACAGCGCGCACUGCAGGCGCGUGGCGGAGAUCCCGCCAAGGGCACUCAAAGGAGCCCAAGCAGUCCGGCCGAACCGCCAAAAUUCUUUGACAACUUUCCUUGGCAGACAUCCAUGUACCCCGGAAUCACGCCCCACUUUUCGCCGUAUCUUCCCAUGGGUCUUAGACUUCCUUCGCUUCCAGGGAUGGCGCCCAACUUCCCUCUCCUGUCCUCCAUGGCGGACCCACUCCAUAGGAAGGCGUUUCCAGAUCCCGUUAUGGCGUACAGCUCCCUCAGGUCUCUGUUUCCUCCUCAUCAGUUUUUCCCGCCAUCACCGUUCGGCUACCCCACCCAUCCAGAAAAACAAUUUGGACAUGAACUUUCUUUAAAGAGUCCUGAUUCAACUAUCUUAAGUAGUAGCAUGGAAAGUUCGGCAUUCGACCCUGUAGUGUCUAAAUAUAGCCUCUCUCCUACAGUGUCCCCAAUGGAACUCGACCUUUCCGGGGUCGGGAAGAGGAAACUCCGGGAGGGUGAGCCGACACGCUACCAAUGUGACAGUUGCAACAAAAGUUAUUCCACGUUUAGCGGGCUCUCCAAACACAAGCAGUUUCAUUGUUCUAGUCAAGUGAAGAAGGAGUUCAGCUGUAAAUAUUGUGAAAAGACCUAUGUUUCUUUAGGAGCACUCAAAAUGCAUAUACGAACACACACACUGCCUUGCAAAUGUAAACUCUGUGGCAAAGCUUUCUCCCGUCCAUGGCUCCUUCAGGGUCACAUUCGGACUCAUACGGGCGAAAAACCCUUCCGGUGUGAUCAUUGUGGGCGCGCUUUCGCCGACAGGUCCAAUCUUAGGGCUCAUUUACAGACCCAUUCAGAGGUGAAGAAGUACAGUUGUAAGCGGUGCAGCAAAACUUUCUCUCGAAUGUCCCUGCUUCUGAAACACGAGGACAGUUGCUGCAGUAGCUUAGUGUAAUGAUUCAAAAAAGACUUCUUUUUAAUAGUUGUUUAUAAUAUCUUAUUAAUUUAUUUAUUAACUAUACAUAUGGCAAGAUGGUCAUUUAUUUAUUGGCGGCACUAUACCGGUGCCACUUAUGACAAUUAAUGAGGACUUCAAGAGUAUUAAAGACAGUUUUUUUAAAGGGACUCGUGCAAAUGUGUUGUUCGUGGUGGAUUACAUGUGAAAGAUUACAACAAAGUGCUUAAAAGGACGAAUUAAUGAACGAAUAAAGGUCUUGUGUGAAUAAACGCGGGGUAUUAUCUUUAUUUCACGUCGCCGCGAGAUAAUGAAUAACUGGUAUUUUUCAAAUUAGUGAAUUUAAACUCCAAUUAGAAUCUGAUUGAAAGAUUUUAAUCUGUAUUUGUUAACGACCCAACUCUCCCGAAACUUCGAUCCUCAGUUAACUUUAAUUGUUCAAAAUGUGAUAUUAAAACGAUAAUUUCUUUA